AUGAAGUGGUCUUUACUACUGGUAGUCACCCUUACCUUGGGUUUAACCAAGGCUGAUUCUAGCUAUAACCACUAUCGCCUGCCAGUGGCUCUUUGGCCGCAGAAGUAUGACUUGCGCAACCCAACUCGGCUGGAAAAUCCUGAGGAGUUUCGCUUUAACGGAACAGUGAAAAUCCAAAUUGAAGCCCUGCUGAAUGCCAACAACAUAACGCUUCAUUCAAAAGGACUGGACAUCGAUGAGUCCCAGAUCACUCUUCGUCAAAUUAGCGGAGGAAGGAAGAAGUCUAACUGCGUAACAUCCAGGGAGCACCAGGUACCCGACUGUGUGCCCCAAUCUUUGGCCUACUUCCGCAGCUGGCGAUCGGCAGCCAAUCCUGACGAGAAGAAUCCGGUGCCCAAAGAUGUACGAAGCAUCGUUUAUUGCGCCGCCAUAAAGUAUGGAUCCGAUGAGGAUUGGGAGUUUCUCUGGACGCGGUACCAAAAGAGCAAUGUGGCAACCGAAACGUUGUCAAUUAUCGAUGCUCUAUCUUGCUCACGGGAGGUGUGGUUGCUGCAGCGUUUGCUAGAGAUGAUCUUCGACUCGAAAAUUAAGGACCAUUUGUAG